GCGAGAGGACGUUGCGUGCUCGCUCGCGCCAGGCGAGUCUCCGCGUCUCCCUCGCGAACUCGGUGAAAGGAAUUGGCGCCGUUCGACACCAGGCGGAUCCGCUCUGCAGCAGGAACCCACCUCCAGCCGCAGCCGCAGCCGCCGCCCGGGCCGAGGAGCAGCCUCAGCCGCCGCCAGUGGCCGAGUGAGCGGAGCCGAGUUUGAGACAGCGCCUAGCGGUGAAUCGGGGCCUCACCAUGAGUUCCUCGCCUGUUAAUGUGAAAAAGCUGAAGGUCUCGGAGCUGAAGGAGGAGCUCAAAAAGCGGCGCCUGUCCGACAAGGGCCUCAAGGCCGAGCUCAUGGAGCGUCUCCAGGCCGCGCUGGACGACGAGGAGGCCGGGGGCCGCCCCGCCAUGGAGCCCGGGAACGGCAGCCUAGACCUGGGCGGGGAUUCCGCCGGGCGCUCGGGAGCAGGCCUCGAGCAGGAGGCCGCGGCAGGCGGCGAUGACGACGAGGAGGAAGAGGAGGAGGAGGAGGAAGGGAUAGCCGCCCUGGAUGGCGACCAGAUGGAGCUCGGGGAGGAGAACGGCGCCGCGGGGGCGGCCGACUCGGGCCCGAUGGAGGAGGAGGAGGCCGCCUCGGAGGACGAGAACGGCGACGACCAGGGCUUCCAGGAAGGGGAGGAUGAGCUCGGAGACGAGGAGGAAGCCGCGGGCGACGAGAACGGGCACGGGGAGCAGCAGCCUCAACCGCCGGCGGCGCCGCAGCAACAGCCCCAGCAGCAGCGCGGGGCCGCCAAGGAGGCCGCGGGGAAGAGCAGCGGCCCCACGUCGCUGUUCGCGGUGACGGUGGCGCCGCCCGGGGCGAGGCAGGGCCAGCAGCAGGCGGGAGGUAAGAAGAAGGCGGAAGGCGGCGGAGGCGGCGGUCGCCCCGGGGCUCCGGCGGCGGGAGACGGCAAAACAGAACAGAAAGGCGGAGAUAAAAAGAGAGGUGUUAAAAGACCUCGAGAAGAUCAUGGCCGUGGCUAUUUUGAGUACAUUGAAGAGAACAAGUAUAGCAGAGCCAAAUCUCCUCAGCCACCUGUUGAAGAAGAAGAUGAGCACUUCGACGACACAGUGGUUUGUCUUGAUACUUAUAAUUGUGAUCUACAUUUUAAAAUAUCAAGAGAUCGCCUCAGUGCUUCUUCCCUUACUAUGGAGAGUUUUGCUUUUCUUUGGGCUGGAGGAAGGGCAUCCUAUGGUGUGUCGAAAGGCAAAGUCUGUUUUGAGAUGAAGGUUACAGAGAAGAUCCCAGUAAGGCAUUUAUAUACAAAAGAUAUUGACAUACACGAAGUUCGGAUUGGCUGGUCACUAACCACAAGUGGAAUGUUGCUUGGUGAAGAAGAAUUUUCUUAUGGGUAUUCUCUAAAAGGAAUAAAAACAUGCAACUGUGAGACUGAAGAUUAUGGAGAGAAGUUUGAUGAAAAUGAUGUGAUUACAUGUUUUGUUAACUUUGAAAGUGAUGAAGUAGAACUCUCCUAUGCAAAGAAUGGACAAGAUCUUGGCAUUGCCUUCAAAAUCAGUAAGGAAGUUCUUGCUGGACGACCACUCUUCCCGCAUGUUCUGUGCCACAACUGUGCGGUUGAGUUUAAUUUUGGUCAGAAGGAAAAGCCAUAUUUUCCAAUACCUGAAGACUAUACUUUUAUCCAGAAUGUCCCCUUGGAGGAUCGAGUUAGAGGACCAAAGGGGCCUGAAGAGAAGAAAGAUUGUGAAGUGGUUAUGAUGAUUGGUUUGCCAGGAGCUGGAAAAACCACCUGGGUUACUAAACAUGCAGCAGAAAAUCCUGGUAAAUACAACAUUCUUGGAACAAACACCAUAAUGGAUAAAAUGAUGGUGGCAGGUUUUAAGAAGCAAAUGGCAGAUACUGGGAAACUAAACACGCUGUUGCAGAGAGCUCCACAGUGUCUUGGAAAGUUUAUUGAGAUUGCUGCCCGUAAGAAGCGAAAUUUCAUUUUGGAUCAGACAAAUGUGUCUGCUGCUGCCCAGAGGAGAAAAAUGUGCCUGUUUGCAGGCUUCCAACGAAAAGCUGUUGUAGUUUGCCCAAAAGAUGAAGACUAUAAGCAAAGAACACAGAAGAAAGCAGAAGUAGAGGGAAAAGACCUACCGGAACAUGCAGUCCUCAAAAUGAAAGGAAACUUUACUCUGCCAGAAGUAGCUGAGUGCUUUGAUGAAAUAACGUAUGUUGAGCUUCAGAAGGAGGAAGCCCAAAAACUUUUGGAGCAAUAUAAGGAAGAAAGCAAAAAAGCUCUUCCACCAGAAAAGAAACAGAACACAGGCUCAAAGAAGAGCAAUAAAAAUAAGAGUGGCAAGAACCAGUUUAACAGAGGUGGUGGCCAUAGAGGGCGCGGUGGAUUCAAUAUGCGUGGUGGAAAUUUCAGAGGAGGAGCUUCUGGGAAUCGUGGUGGAUAUAAUAGGAGGGGCAAUAUGCCACAGAGAGGUGGUGGCGGUGGCGGAAGUGGUGGAAUUGGCUAUCCAUAUCCUCGUGGCCCUGUUUUUCCCAGCCGAGGCGGUUAUUCAAACAGAGGGAAUUACAACAGAGGUGGAAUGCCUAACAGAGGGAACUACAACCAGAACUUCAGAGGACGAGGAAACAAUCGUGGCUACAAAAAUCAAUCUCAGGGCUACAACCAGUGGCAGCAGGGUCAAUUCUGGGGUCAGAAGCCAUGGAGUCAGCAUUAUCACCAAGGAUAUUAUUGAAUACCCAAAUAAAACGAACUGAUACAUAUUUCUCCAAAACCUUCACAAGAAGUCGACUGUUUUCUUUAGUAGGCUAACUUUUUAAACAUUCCACAAGAGGAAGUGCCUGCGGGUUCCUUUUUUAGAAGCUUUGUGGGUUGAUUUUUUUUUUUUUUCUUUUCUUUUUUGUACAUUUUUAAUUGCAGUUUUAAAGUGAAUCGUAAGAGAACCUCAGCAUUGUGCACGAUAAGAGAAUGUGUCAGUAUUUCAGGGUUCUACAUUUUAUCUGUAAAAUGUGACUUUUUUUUUAUCACAACAAAAGUAAAAUGUUGCUUUGUA